UGGACUUGAUUGCAGUGAUGAACGUCUGAAAGAAGAGGAGGAGAGAGGCUUGGAAGCAGAGCUUGUUGUAGUCAGAGAACAGGAUGGUUGUUUGCACUCAGGAAGGAUGGGAGGAUCCAGAUGAAGGUAGAAGGUGUGUGUGAGCUGAUGUGAAUCCAGCAGCAUGGAUCAGGGUGAGGACAGAGAGGAGGGAGUCCUUCCCUCCAAAACCUCCCUGAGGGGAAAAAAAAGAGUUGGAGAGAGUCGGAGAGAAGAAAAGAGGAGACGACGUUGUCCUGGACCUGGACCUGGUCCCAGCUGUGUGUCCUUGAAGAGUGAUGCAUCAAAGGAAUUCUAUUGGGAUUUUAAAGAUACCCAAUAUUCUCCCUCAGAGAGGAGACGACCUGGACCUGGACCUGGACAUGGACCUGGACCUGGACCUGGACCUGGACCUGGACCUGGACCUGGACCUGGACCUAAACCUAAACUUAAACUUAAACCUAAACCUGGACCUGGACCUGGAUCUGGACCUGGACCUGGACCUGGACCUGAACCUGAACCCAGCUGUGUGUCCUUGAAGAGUGAUGCAUCAAAGGAAUUCUAUUGGGAUUUUAAAGAUACCCGACGUUCUCCCUCAGUGAGGAGACAACCUGGACCUGGACCUGAACUUGGACCUGAACCUGAACCUGAACCCAGCUUUGUGUCCUUCAAGAGUGAUGCAUCAAAGGAGUGCAUUAUCCUAUUUAAAGAAGUGGACCAGCAGAUCUCAGAGUCCCCCAGUGGUCCAUCUGUCCAGCAGCAUCAGACCCAGCUGGACUCCAUCUUUCAGCUGCUGGAGGACGACAUCAUCAUGUUUGUGAAGGACGAGCUGAAGAAGAUCCAGAAGGUUCUGAGUCCAGAUUACCCAGAAUCCUCAGAGAGUCUGGAGGAGGAUGAAGAUGAAGAGCAGAAGAGCAUCAGAGAGACACUCGUGAAGAUCACAGUGAAGUUCUUGAGGAGGAGGAAGCAGGAGAAGCUGGCUGACCUCCUGCAGAGCAAUACCGUCGAUGCAGUUUGUCAAUCCAAACUCAAAGUUCAGCUGCAGAAGAAGCACCAGCAUGUGUCUGAGGGGAUCACUAAAGCAGGAAAGACAAGCCUUCUGGAGCAGAUCUACACGGAGCUCUACAUCACAGAGGGAGGGACCGGAGAGGUCAAUGAAGAACAUGAAGUCAGACAGAUUGAAGCAGCUUCCAGGAAACCAGGCGGAGCAGAAACAGCCAUCAGACAGGAAGACAUCUUUAAACCCCCACCUGGAAGAGGAGGACCAAUCAGAACGGUGAUGACGAAGGGAGUGGCCGGCAUCGGGAAAACAGUCCUAACACAGAAGUUCAGUCUGGACUGGGCUGAAGGCAGAACCAACCAGGACAUCCAGUUCCUUCUUCCAUUCACCUUCAGACAGCUGAAUGUGCUGAGAGAGGAGAAGUUCAGCUUGGUGGAACUAGUUCAUCGAUUCUUCUCUGAAACCAGAGGAAUCUGCAGCUUUGAAGAGUUCCAGGUCGUUUUCAUCUUUGACGGUCUGGAUGAGAGUCGACUUCCUCUGGACUUUUACAACUCUACAAUCCUCAGUGACCCCAGAAGGUCCACCUCAGUGGACGUGCUGCUGACAAACCUCAUCAGGGGGAACCUGCUUCCUUCUGCUCGUCUCUGGAUCACCACACGACCCGCAGCAGCCAAUCAGAUCCCUCCUUACUGUAUUGACAUGGUGACAGAAGUCAGAGGGUUCACUAACCCACAGAAGGAGGAAUACUUCAGGAAGAGGUUCAGAGAAGAGGAGAAGACCAGCAGGAUCAUCUCCCACCUCAAGACAUCACGGAGCCUCCACAUCAUGUGCCACAUCCCAGUCUUCUGCUGGAUCACUGCUACGGUCCUGGAGAACGUCCUGGAGAACGUCCUGGAAACCAGAGAGGGAGGGCGGCUGCCCAAGACCCUGACUGAGAUGUACAUCCACUUCCUGGUGGUCCAGGCCAAACUGAAGAAGGUCAAGUAUGACGGAGGAGCUGAGACGGAUCCACACUGGAGUCCAGAGAGCAGGAAGAUGGUGGAGUCUCUUGGAAAACUGGCUUUUGAGCAGCUGCAGAAAGGAAACCUGAUCUUCUAUGAACCAGACUUGAGAGAGUGUGGCAUCGAUGUCAGAGAGGCUUCAGUGUACUCAGGAGUGUUCACCCAGAUCUUUAGAGAGGAGAGCAGCCUGUACCAGGACCAGGUCUUCUGCUUCAUCCAUCUGAGUGUCCAGGAGUUUCUGGCUGCUCUUCAUGUCCAUCAGACCUUCAUCAGCUCUGGAGUCAACCUGCUGGAUGAUCAACGAACAACUCACCCUUCUUCAACCGGUUUCUAUCCGACAGCUGUGGACUGCACCUUACAGAGUCCAAACAGACAUUUGGACUUCAUCAACUCUGGAGUCAACCUGCUGGGAGAUCAACAAACAAAUCACUGUUCUUCAACCGGUUUCUAUCAGACAGCUGUGGACAAGACCUUACAGAGUCCAAACGGACACCUGGACUUGUUCCUGCGCUUCCUCCUGGGCCUUUCAGUGGAGACCAAUCAGAACCUCCUACAAGGUCUGAUGACAUCAAACCAAAGAAGUUCACAGAAAAAUCAGGAAACUAUCAAAUUCAUCAAGGAGAAGAUCAGUGGGGAUCUGUCUGCAGAGAGAAGCAUCAACCUGUUCCACUGUCUGAAUGAACUGAACGAUCGGUCUCUGGUGGAGCAGGUCCAACACUCCCUGAGAUCAGGACGUCUCUCCAGAGAUAAACUGUCUCCUGCUCAGUGGUCGGCUCUGGUCUUCAUCUUACUGUCAUCAGAAGAAGAUCUGGAGGUUUUUGACCUGAAGAAGUUCUCAGCUUCAGAGGAGGCUCUACGGAGGCUGCUGCCGGUGGUCAAAGCCUCCAAGAAAGUUCUACUGAGUGGCUGUCACCUCUCAGAGGACAUCUGUCCACUUCUGUCCUCAGUUCUCAGCUCUCAGUCCUCCAGUCUGACAGAACUGGACCUGAGCAACAACGACCUGCAGGAUUCUGGACUGAAGCAGCUGUGUCCUGGACUGGAGAGUCCACACUGUAAACUGGAGUCUCUCAGGCUUUCAGGCUGUCUGAUCUCAGAGGAAGGAAGUUCUUCUCUGGUCUCAGCUCUAACCUCCGACCCCUCCCACCUGAGAGAGCUGGACCUGAGCAACAACGACCUGCAGGAUUCUGGACUGAAGCAGCUGUGUCCUGGACUGGAGAGUCCACACUGUCACCUGGAGUCUCUCAGACUGAGUGGCUGUCACCUCUCAGGGAACAUCUGUCCACUUCUGUCCUCAGUUCUCAGCUCUCAGUCCUCCAGUCUGACAGAACUGGACCUGAGCAACAAUAACCUGCAGGAUUCUGGACUGGAGCAGCUGUGUCCUGGACUGGAGAGUCCACACUGUCACCUGGAGUCUCUCAGGCUGUCAGGCUGUCUGAUCUCAGAGGAAGGAAGUUCUUCUCUGGUCUCAGCUCUGACCUCCAACCCCUCCCACCUGAGAGAGCUGGACCUGAGCUACAACCAUCCAGGAGAGUCAGCAGGGAAGCUUCUGUCUAGACUGGAGGAUCCCCGCUGGAGACUGGACACUCUCAGGGUGGAGCCUGCUGGACAACGAUGGCUGACACCAGGUCUGAGGAAGUAUUCCUGUCGACUCACCGUCGACACAAACACAGUCAACAACGACAUCCAACUGUCUGAUGACAACAGGAAGAUGACGUAUGUGGAGGAGGAUCAGUCGUAUCCUGAUCAUCCAGACAGGUUUGAUGGUUAUGAUCUUCCUCAGCUGCUGUGUAGAGAAGUUCUGACGGGUCGCUGUUACUGGGAGGUCCAGUGGAGCGGAAACGUUAAUGUAUCAGUGAGUUACAGAAGAAUCAGCAGGAGAGGAGGCUCUGAUGACUGUGUGUUUGGAUGGAACGAUCAUUCCUGGAGUCUGGACUGUUCUCCAGGUGAUCAGUACUAUGUCCGUCACAAUAACAGAGAAACAUCCACCACCUCCUCAUCUCCAUGUCCAGACUCUGGCAGAGCAGCAGUUUACGUGGACGUUCCUGCUGGAACUCUGUCCUUCUAUGAAGUCUCUGUCUCUGACAGACUGAUCCACCUCCACACCUUCAACACCAGCUUCUCUGGACCUCUCUGUGCUGGAUUUGGACUCUACAGGUCCUGGUCCUGGUCUGAUUCCUCAGUGUCUCUGUGUCCAGUUUAGUCUCCAGAGUCUCCGGUCAGAGAAACUGUCUCUGUUGGAUCCUGGACUUGGACUCUGGUUCUGGUUCCUCAGUGUCAUGAUGAUGAUGAUGAUGAUGAUGAAGGUGAUGAUGAUGAUGAUGAUGAUGAUGAUGGUGAUGAUGAUGAUGAUGAUGGUGAUGAUGAUGAUGAUGAUGAUGAUGAUGAUGAUGAUGAUGAUGAUGAUGAUGAUGAUGAUGAUGAAGAAGAAGGAGAUAAUCACCAUUUAUCUUACAUUUUUUGGUUUAUUGUAUUUUUAUUUGAUCUUUUUCACAUUUAAACAUGAAAUGAUUUACUGGAUGUUGAUGUUUGAUCAUAAAUUAAA